CGCUGCAUAAACAACCAAUAAUAAUAUAGAUGAGAUAGUGUCAUACUAAUUAAGAGAAUCGCAAUGUUUAACUCGUGGGUCAAUAUCGGUAAGGUUUCUCCGACUUGGAUUUUUUCUUCCACGGGGAAACCUAUAGCUAAGCUAGGAACCUAAACGUCGGCGGGAAUUGAGAAUUCUAAUUUCUUUGAAUUCAAAAUAAAAAAAAAAUAAUGCUAUUCAUAAAAAUAUAGGAAUUUUAAACAAUAAGAACCUAUUAGAGCACUUCUACUAUGCUAUAUAGUAUUGGUGCUUUAAUGUACAACUCAAAGUUGUACCAUAACAUUAAAUGUAUAAGUUUAGGUUGAACCAUAAAGUAAUUUGUACCAUUAUGUUAUGGUACAAUUUUACAACUUGAAGUUGUACCAUCACAUAAAGGUACAAGUUCAAGUUGUACCAUAAAAGAAUUUGUACAAAAAGUAUAGGUACAAUCUAAAGUUGUACCAUAACAUAAAUGUACAAUUUUAAGUUGUACCAUAAAGGCAAAAACCUAUAGCAUCAAUACUAUAUAGCAUUAUAAAAUUUCUCAACGUGUUACGGGAAAUUAUGCUUGUAUUCAAAUCAAUGGAAAAUUCAUCCGAGUGGGCUGACUGAUAGAAAGCCCAAAUAAAAAGUGCACCAAAAAGUGCAACCCUUUUCAUCAAAAGUGGAUGUUCUAAUUUCGUUUGGUGCGUGCAUUGUUGUAGUUGUAUAUUGCGUUAGCUUAAUAAUCAUAGUGCGGGAUUAACAUACAUAAUUUAAUUAGACGCGUCAUUAACCUUGGAUUAACGUUUGACGUUCCCAUAUGGCCGCCGGUUAAACUAAACAGAAUAGAAAAGGCUAAAAAGAGAUGCUGUGCUAACCUAAAACCUAGACUAGCCUACAAUUCUGUGCCACAUCGGGAAGGACGGAAAAAGUCCUGACGGCAAAGCUCGCCCAGCAGGAAACUAUUGUAUCUGUUGUUAUUAUUCCUCCCAAGUCAAAAUGUCAAUAGGGCAUCCAAUGCCAAAUGAUUUCCAAUGGAAUAGUCAAUGGUGUUCCAUUUUCGUACGAUUUUCUUCAUGACAUAAACUGAACUUGUACAUUGAACGUUAUUAUUUAAAUUCAACUUCUACCUAGAAUCACUUGCCAUUAUGAGCAAGGUAAAAUUCCUCCUAAUUAGUGUUAAAUAUCGGACUUCACAUCCAAGUUUUAUGUUAUGUAUUCAACUCUCCCUCCUUUCAUACUUUCUCUUUUUGUUCAUUCAAUUUUUUUUUGUCUACAGUUGAAUGAGUCCAAAUUCAAUUAAACAGAGGGAACUGAAGGUACUUUUUUUUGUUUCUUUUAAGUACACAACACAUCAGAAGUACACUUUGCUCAUAUCAUAUGAUUGAUUGGCUUUGUCCAUUGCCGUAUGCAUUGUUUCAUAAUUGAAUGAUGCCAACCCGCUGGGAAUAUUUGCCCUCCAUUCUUGCUUUUGCCACUUCCGUAGCAGACUUAUUUUGAAGCCCCUGAAUAUGCUGAGUGUCUAAUCUAAUGCAUUCUUUUUUAGUUGCAGGUUGUUGAUGUGUAGUAGAGAGGAGAGCAAAUAUGAGAUUGACGAAUCCGAUAGAACGAUACCAAAUCAAAUCAUAGCGUGCAUGUCACAUUAUUACUCUAUGAUCUAUUUGCUAAUGAAUCAUGAAUCAAAGCACAUUAAAUGGGAGUAUGAAUAAAGAACUGGUCUAACGACGGUACCACUACUAGGUUUCAAUUUGGAUAUUUCGAUUUCAAAUUCUGACACGGACGUUAUCUUUGUUUCCCCAGUUCCCAUUUAGCAGGGUGUAAAAAUAUAGUACUAGAAAGUAUAAUAUUGGAGGGAUUAAUUGUGUGAACAAACUGAUGAUGGGAUAGUUGUUAUACCACUGUAGUCAACUUCUAAUCCACGUUGACUUAUGAUUGCGGUAGUUGAAUUGAAACAAAGCAAAUUGGUUAACCAUUGUCCAAUGGUAAUGGACAACGAUUUAAGUCAUGUAUUUUUUUUAAGUACAAGUUUUUAUAAAGCUAGUGGGCACUAUGGAUAUUGAGUUAGGUCUGACCAUACGUAGCUCUUCAUUGAGUUAGGUUUGACCUUUUUUUUUUGUUGCAUUUCUACUUGUAUAAAAAAUGAGAGAGCAUCUCACAACAACUAAAUUCAAUUAUAAAAACAUUAAAAAGGGUAGAUACAAUAUAUUAGGCAAACCUUGUAACAUAAAACAACAAAAGCCCAAUGUAGUUUGAACUGGAUCGUUGCUGUGUUGGCCUGUUGGGUCCAUGCCUUUUGGGCUUCAGCCCUCCCUUCCCAGAGCCCAAUCCCCAAUGGUUGAGCCCAACAAAACUGACCAACUAACACCAAUAGUCAAUUUCCCGUGAUGGCAAAAUGUUGUCGACAUAACAGAACAAAAUUCCUUAGUCCACAACGUUCCCGUUUUCUCAAUUUCAGCCACAAAAUAUUUGAUUUUUCACCCAAAUAUGUGAUUUCCCGUUUUUUGGCAACCUUAAUAAAGUUUCUUCUAACACGUAUGUAUCUCCUUUAUGAAUCGCCCCACCGGCCUCUUCACAGAACCAGAAAGAAACUGCGCCAAGCGGCAAGCUCUCACUAGCUACCUCUCCAUUUCCAACGAUGGCGUCGCUUCUCUCCACUGCCCACUCUUCCCUCUUCUUCACCGCCUCCAAAACCCCUAAUUCCACUUCCCCAGUUCACCAUCCCUCCUUCCCCAAAACCCUCAAACAAGCCUUCGCUUCUCCUCCGCUCCAAUCCGCUUCCAGAUUCCCCUCCGUUAUCCGCCGGGCCUCCGGCGAAGAAUCGGAGUCGGAGAGGGUUACCGAUGAAUGGGGCGAGAAGCCGGAGCCGAAGCCGGAGUACCCGAAGGCUGCCGCGGUGGAUCCUCCCGUGAAUGAGGAUGAGUGGGAGGAGGAGGGAUACUCCGCCGCUGCGGUGGGCAACGGGAGCACUGCUCCGUCGACAGCUGGCGGGAAGAAGGUGGGCGACGGUAACGGGGAGCUGAAGAGGAGCUUGGUGGACACGGUGUACGGUACGGGUUUGGGGUUCCGGGCGGGUUCGGAGGUCCGGGCCGAGGUGUCGGAGCUGGUGAGCCAGUUGGAGGCUGUGAAUCCCACUUCGGCGCCGGUUGACACGGCUUCGCUGCUCGACGGCAACUGGGUUUUGUUGUAUACUGCAACUUCCGAGCUCUUGCCCCUUCUGGCUGCUGGUUCAACUCCUUUGCUAAAGGUGAAGAGGAUAGCUCAGUUGAUCAACUCCAGCAAUUACACCAUUGUCAACUCAACCACAUUAUCGAGCCCUUUUGCUGAAUUUACAUUCAGCGCAACCGCAAACUUCGAAGCCCGAAGUCCUUCAAGAAUACAGGUUGAAUUCAAGGAAGGAACUCUGCAGCCUCCGGAUGUAAAAACCAGCUUUGAUCUUCCAUCCGAAAUCGCUCUAUUCGGGCAGAAGAUCAGCUUGGCCACAGUUCGUCAAUCUCUGAGUCCUCUGCAAGACACGGUGGCUACCAUCUCGAGAGCCAUAUCCGGCCAGUCCCCACUCAAGGUCCCCAUUCCAGGCAGCCGAACCAGGUCCUGGCUCCUGACCACCUACCUCGACGAGGAUCUCCGGAUUUCAAGAGGUGACGGCGGCCUUUUCGUACUUGCCAAGGAAGGAAGCCCUCUCUUGAAUCUGUAACCAGGCAAAUAUUUAAGUAUAUACUCACUCUAUUGUGCUACCUGAUGAAGUACAUAUACACGGCUAAUCGUUGUUGUUGUUGUGGUUGUUUUCGUCGGUUUGUUUCCAUUGUAGUAAAUCCGACUGAGGAUUUAAGAUAUCAAAUUGGAGAUGAUUAACAAAACGUUAUACUGAAGUUUUUGUUGAAUCCCUUGUACCCUGUAUACACGAAGAUGAAGGCAAGUUCUUGUUUGUGGGUGGAAGAAUGGAGCCUGUUGUGAUUUGUGUACAAUAUGAUUAUGACCACGAUAAGAAUCAGUCAUUGUGCAUUACUUGAAUCAAAGAUAUUAGUACGUGUGUUGAGACCUACAACUAUUAACGAGAUGAGCGAAUUGCCUUCUACAUAGGUGUCAAUCGGGAGUUGUCGGUUAACUAAAUAAUCCCAGUGAUUCGGUAAGAUUAUAUCAAAUAAUCAAUUGGUAACCUAACUAAUAAAUGACCUCAUUUUUC